CCUUUUCUUCUUCAACUUUGCCGUGUGGUGGACGGGCAACACAUUUGGUACGCAUUUAAUUUUUUAUAUGUACUAAAAUAUUCAAAAUUUUCUCAUUUAAUUUGUUUAUUUUAUUUCAGAAACUUUGAACUUUAUUUAUACAAAUGAUGGGUGGCUUUAAGACGAUAUAUCAAAAUAAAAACUUUACACUAUGAUGAUUUUUAUCCUUCAGACCUGUUACCGAUAACUCGCGUGACGGCAAACAUUUUUGCAGUAGUAUGCAGUAUGAUAGGCCUGCUUAAGACUUAUUUUAAUGUUUUAUUGUUUAAAAGUAACAUAGAAUAGUGCCUAAUUGUAUGUCAUUAAUUAUCAUAUUUUCUUCCUUCUUGUAAAUAUAUAUUGAGUUUUAAAAAUUAGGCCUUUGCCCAAUUUUGGCCCCAAGUAAAAUAACUUUGCCUUUGCAUGCUGCAUAAUCAUUUUUAGCAUUUUGAGUAUAAUCUUCAUUCACUCAAUGUAAGAAUUAAUCUAAGAACCUGCUGAGCCUCUUCAAAUAAAUGCCUAAUGCUACUAAUAGUUAACAUAAAUUAUUUUUCUUAAUAACUUAAUUAUUAUGAUUUUUUUUCUUCUCCAGUAAAUCAAGAUGACUAAUCCUAAAGGUUAUCGCCGCGGUACGCGGUACAUGUUCUCACGUAAAUUCAGAACGAAAGGUGUCACCAAGCUUUCUCGUUACAUGUCAGUUUACAAGCGUGGAGACAUAGUUGACAUUAAGGUUUGAUUGACCUAUUUUUUUCCCUUCCAGUUUAGGCUAAAAUUAUACUUAGUGGCAGGGCUGGCGAUAUCUUCCAUGGUAUACAAGUCAUGGUUUCCCAGGUCCCAUGUAUUUAUUUGAUAAAUUUAAAAAAAAAAAAAGCGUCUUAAAAAGAGGUGGGAGGGGUCCAACUGUUGAUCCUGUCACAGUUGAGAUAGUCCAGUAUUGGGAUUCCCCAAAAUGACAUCACUGCGGUUAGGGGAUACAAUUCCUGGCAAAACCCAUUCUGCUAACUACAUGUUUACCCCAGUUUUAAAUGUCUUUUUCCUAUUUUCUCAUGUAACUUUUUUAAUCCUAACGUACUAGUUAGAAAGAGAAAUAGGCAAAAGCAUGCUUUAAAUAAUACAUUGUUUUUCAGGGUGAUGGUGCUAUUCAAAAAGGUAUGCCACACAAGUUUUAUCAUGGAAAGACUGGUCGUGUUUUCAACGUUACCCCACAUGCUGUUGGAGUUGAAGUAAAUAAACAGCUUGGGUAUGCAUACUAUAACUUCCUUUAAUGCAAUAUGGGACAAUAGUUUUUGAUGAUUAUUUCAUCACCUUCCAGUGGUUCCCAAAGUGUUUAACCCUUUAAGUUAACCAAUCUCCAAUGUUAUUGCUUGUCAUUUUCAGUAAAAAUAAAUUUUAAAGUCUUACAAGAUAUCAUAUUUUUAAAUUUUGAGACGGGGCCAUUUUUAAGAACCUUUAUCUUCUAAAAUAAUCAACAGAAGUCCAGGAAUUAGCGUGCUUGCUACAAAGUUUAUAUUUAACCUGUUUUUUUUUUUCAAGCAGCUUAAACUAUUUAUACAAAAGUUUUUGUUAAAAUGACCAAGAAUGCUUUUUAAUAGUUUUUAUUUUGGGACCAAAAAAGUGCAAUAAUGAACAACUUCAAAAUAUCAUAUUUUUUUGGGGGGUAAAAUUUUGGCUUACAUAAACAUAUAUAUCAAAUGAAAGAUACUUUUAAAAUGCACACCGUGCACUGACAUUUUAAUGGUAUCAAGAAACAUUUACAGGUCCUAGAAUAAGUACCCUAUACACACACAUUUAAAAAAAAAAAAUCUAUAAGUGCAAGUUUCAUUCUCCAUUUUUUUUAUAGUAGAUUUAAUCCCAAUAAAUAAAUCAUAGCUAAGUGCAGUCACUGUUGUGUAGCAUCAGAUAUGCUAAAGGUGAAUAUGAACAUCCUUUGUGUCCAGUGUUAAGAAUGAUUAUACAGGGUGGUCCAUAUCCAUGAAGCUGUUGCUAGUCCUAGUAUUACUAAAAUAAAUUUUAACAAUUUUAAAUAAUGAAAUAGUAAAGCAUACUACAUCUAUAUUUAAUUGCGCUUGUUAUAUACAAAUAAAAUAAGACAAAAAGAGCAGCCUUUGAUAAAUCCAAUGUGUCUGACAAACGUAGGAUAGUUAAAUAUCAACACAAUGGUUUCAAAACGAAAAUAACUGUUGCAUUUUGGUACACUGGGCACCUAAUUUUUGCUAUUUUUGGUAAGCUUAUUAAUUGAUGACCAAUGAAAUUAGAGUUUACUACACGAUGAAGUAUAAGGCGUGUAAAUACACAACCAAUGUGACAAAUUUGACAGCUCGCUUUUCUUUGUUAAGCAGAAUGAUUUUGAGAUUAGGAGGUCACAGUGAUUGCCAGUGGUCUAAGCUUUCCAAAGAGGCCUAGCAUUAGGCUUGAAGGAAUGUGGUUGUAAAAGGUUUUUACAUUACCAUAAUGUGUCGGAAAGCCAGUUUCCUGAAAUGGUAGCCUAGAUACAUGUUACAUUAGGACAAAUUAUGUACUUAAAAAAAUUAUUCUUAACAAAUUUUAUGUGGGGAUUGUGUUUAUAAUAGGCUAUUGUCAAUUGUAACCAAAUAAAGACAUUUUGGAAAAUUGAGAAGAAAAAAAAAAGAUUUUUACUUAAAGUUGACUACCGGUUCCCCACUUAAAAACAAACGUAGGUAGUAGUAUUAGCGAAUCUAAGAUGAACUAAUAUUGAAACUCUCACAUAGUGUGCAAUUAUCUUGUUUUUUUAGAAUGUUUUAUUGACUUUAAAUAUUCUUCUUGUAUUAUAAUUUGCGUCGGCCCACUCACACAGACUUUCCGUCAACCAUUUUUUUUUUUUUUAUCAGACAAAAAUUAAAUCUUAAAAUCAAUAACAAGACUUAUUUAAAAUUUAUAAAAUACAAUUCGUCAAGCAUUAAUUAAGUCUGCAUCAUUUCAUAAAGUUUCUUUAUUGCUAGAUAAAUGACCUCAAUUAAAUACAUAAAGUCCAAUCUAAAAAAUGUAACCCAGCCCAGUUGACGAUGGCUCCAAUGCACACAGUAUCUUUAAAUAUACCUAAUUUCUUGCACAAAUUAAGUUAGUGGUGGCUACGCAUGCUUGUAGGGCUAGAAAUAGUACUUUUUCAAAAUAAAAUAAUCAAGAUAGAUAUGCUUUCUAUAUAUCAAAUGAAAGAUCUGCAUCUGCUCUUUCUCAUGGUGGUAGAAUUAUUCUGAUUUUUAAAUAGGCUUUAAGCCACAAGUGUUUUGAAACACAAUAAGGUAAAUCAAAAUACGAUUCUAAGCACAUGUAAAGAACAUUUCACCAGAAUUUUGUGUAGCAUUACUAGAAGUGGGUUAGUGAUUUAAAUUUUGGAAAAAUCCUCCAUUUUUGACUACCCACUUGCCAGCAAGGAGUCCAAUUUUCUCUUUUUUUCCAAUAAACAAGGUUGGGAAGGUAACAUCAAACCUUUUUAGGUGCUCAAAGAUUAACUAACCUUUUUAUUAAAACAAUAUUCUAUAUGCGUUUUAUUUAGUGCAACUUUAGUAGAUAUUAUGAGGUUACUUAAGAAUUUUACUUAGUGAACCUUGGGGAAACCUGAAUUCAGCAAUACAGCAGAGACUCAAAAGUUUAGUAUUCACUGGAUCAUUUAUACUGACUACCUUUUAAAAUACUUUUAACAGUUAUUUAUUUAUUUUUUAACAUUAAACCUUUUGUCUAGUUAAAAGUGUUCUUUCCCUGCUUGUGAGACAAGACCAUUAACUCACCAGCAAUUAAUAUUUUCAUUUUUUUAAAAUUCUUAGCAACCGCAUCAUCCCAAAGAAGAUUAAUGUAAGGAUUGAGCACAUCAAGCACAGCAACUGCAGACUUGAUUUCUUGAAACGUGUCAAGAGGAAUGAAGCUCUUAAGAAACUAGCCAAGGAGAAGGGUAUUCCCGCCCUUACUAAGAGAGUGGUAAGAGAAGGUUUAUAAAAGUUGUAUCCUGCUGUCUAUUAGAGAAUUUAAUUUUUUUUUGGCUGCAGGCUUGAUUUCUAUAUUUUGGGGGCCUACAAUCAAUGUAUUGAUCAUUCUGGUUCCUUUUUAUGUAGAGGGAUUUGCAAUGUUUCUGUGCUUGGUUUUGAAAAGGAUAAUUCACUGGUUGCAAGGGUUAAUCAGCGAGGGUAUCGGGCAGAAGGCAAUAGACGCAAAUGUAUCAAGUGUUGUCACCUCAACUGUUCCUUUCGCAAGCUUCCAGUCCCUGAUUUGGCAGAAAUGAGCAGUUCCUGUACUGUGUUCUUGCUGUUAUGGGCCCGAACUGCGCCCGCCAUGGCCUCGUCAAUGUCUAGUGGGGAAGAGAGAUGAGUUUCUGUUCAAUGCUGGAUCAGUGUACCAGUCCAUUUUUAUCUUGAACAUGGAGAGGCUGGAUUGUCGAUUUUCCAAUGGUGACCAGCCCAGUGGUUUCAGCAUGCUGCCAACACUUGAGAAGUUCCUGUAGCAGCUCAGGACAAAGCGUGCUGCCCAUCGCUGGGCUACCUCAAACCUGUCGAUCUAAGUUUUGUAUCUAGUACAUAAAACAUAAGUUCUGACAAGAACUGCACCAGUAAGCUAGUCAGCUUACUGAUAAAACAACCUUUUACAUAGGCCAAUUCCUAUUAAGUAAUUUAGCUUGUAAAUUAAAGUUAUUAUACAUUUAAGGUACAGAAAUUCAUUAUAAAUCAUUUUACUUUUUAUAAUCAAUCAAAUACAUAGAGAUACUUUUUGGGGCACCUUAUUACAAUAUCCGGCUGUAGAGAUGCAUUGAAGUGUUACAGGUGCUCCUAUGGCCCUAGAAUGUAACCAUUCAUCUAGAAUGGGAAAAACAUCCUCUGAUCACCAUAAGUGGAUGCUCAUCUUAAUGGUUUCUUUGAUCGACAUGUCUAAAAGUAUGACAUUAAGGAUUAUAACAAAGGCUGAUGUCAACGCAAGAGUUGACAGUGAACCAGCACUUUUUAUUAUUGGACAUGUUUCAUAUUUAAAAAAAAAAUUCAUUAUAGAGUACUAGUAUCUGAUAACUAAGAUAAGCUAUUGCUACCCUGCUCUCUUACACGCUGUCACUGGUACGUGUAUUCCAAAACUGUUACCAACAUGGAAAAGUAGCCUUAAAUAUUUUUUCUUUAAGUUAGAUCUCUAAGCAUAUAGGUAAAAAGAGACAGUGGGGGUGCAUUUAUUGUUUAUAUUUAGUUUUGCACAUAAUGUGGUAAAAAAAAAAUGAAAACUAUUACGCCUGCAGAUUAUCUUUUGUAGACUUGGCGCAAAAUUAUUUUAAAAACCUUAUUGUGAAUGAUUUAAUAAUUAUUUAAAGACAAGUUAAGAUUCUUUUAUUGAUCAAAACAAAUGGAAAUGUUUUUUGAUUUGUACAUUUUCAGCACAUAAAUAACACAAUUUGAUUAUGAUAAAUUAUUUCACUAGUAAAAAAAAUAAAUAAAAAUAAACAGCCUUUAGUGAAUUCUCUUAGCCAUAUCAGGGACUUAUUAGAUCUCAUUAAGAUUUGUGACCGGUAUCCAUAAAAUAUCCCAAUUAAUGAGUGAUAUUUCACCGAAACAGAUCUACAUUAUAUAUUAUAUUGAUAACUGUAUCGAAGUUUUAAAAAAACAUUUAACACAAAGGAAGUUGGGUUCUUUUUGUUUGACAAAAGUAUGAUUAUUUUUAAUUCUUGAAACAAAUUUUAAGAAGACAUUUAUCAUCAGUACCUGUGGUUAACUAACAAAUAUACGAAUAUUUUGUGCUCCCUAAGGUAACCACUAUUUGUGCACUCAUUCCAUCUGUGUUUUAUUUCAGCCUGCCCAGCCUAGGAAAGCCCACUUCGUCAGCACCAAACUUGUCAAGCCUGAGUUCCUCACACCAAUUCCUUAUGAGAUCAUUGCUUAAACUUAAAUGCUGAAUAAAUUACAUUGAAAUUCGUGAAAUUAUUAUUUAUUUUUUAGUGUCAUCUUUAAAAAUAUUCAUAACUAAUUUAAGUGUGACUCAUUUCUUGUUAAAAUUGAAAGAGCUUGUUACAAUAUAUGAUUUGUACUGGGAAAAUCUGAAAAGUGUACAAACCGCUCAUGAGCUGACUCCAUGAAAUAAUAUGCCAUGUGGAUGGUUAGAUUAUGCUGGUCCUUUAAAUGAAUUAAUAGCUACUUUGAUGUUUUUUUAAUGCUUCUUCAUAACAAAUUUUAAUCUUUUAUUUAAAGGGAAUGGUAGACUACAAACCUCUGAGCUCUACAACUACCAUACCUAUGUCAAUUUAGAUUCAUACAAAAUUAUAGAAAUCUCUCAUGGCUCACUCAUGUUCUGAAAUAUUCCCCUCCCUACAAGUCAGCUUUAGAAUGAGUACUGGUAUAUACUGAUAUUUAUAUACAGUAAUAAUUAAAUAUGAAAUGUUACUUGAAUUGUGAAACAAACACUGGAGGCAUUUAAAAUUUUUAUUGUUAGAAAUCUUUGCUGAUAGAAAUUAAGAACAUGUAUAAAAGUUGGUUAUGAUUUUUCAACAUCCCCAUCCAGUCAAUUUAAUAUGCAUGUGCUUUCAAGUUUUGUGAUAAAUUGAUAUGUGAUUUUCAAAAAAGAUGGUAAACAUGCAAACUUGCUGCUUCAGUGAACUUUCCAUUCUGCAGUUUCAAAACAAUUUACAAUAUACCAAUACAAUCAAUACAUGUUGGGCUAUGGUAUAAGAAUUUAAAAAACUUGUGAAAAUCCCAAAUUUCAUUCAUCCAAUAAGAUUGUAAUAAGUUGGUUUUUAACAACUCUAAGUUUGAUUCUGGGAUUAUCUUUUUUUUUUUUUACAAAAAUUAUCAAUUAGUAUUAAUUAUACAAAGAAGUAAUCAACUGAUUAUUGAAGAAUUAAUCAUUUGUACAGUUAUUAAUCUUAAAUGAGCCUUAAAUAUAAAAAUCUUAAAUUUAAAUCAAUUACAUCUGAGACAGUGAAAUAAUACUGAGACUUGAUAUUAGUACUUUAUUAGACCGGUAUUUAAAUUUUUCUGGAUUUAAUUUAAUUUAAAAUUAAAAAGUACUUUUUAAAAGUUAAUUUCAUUAUGUGGGAUAUGCAGUUGCCUUCAGAAAAGGUAACUUCAUUUAAUAAGUUAAAAAUAAUUGUAGUUGUAGCCUCCUGCUGUUGAAUUGGAAUGUUAAUUGUACAAUGAAUCUGAAGUAAUCAUGUCACUUGGUUAAGAUUUCACUGGGUUUAUGAUAAAGUAAUCCCUGAACCAUAAGAACCACACUUAACAGUGCUACAACAUUUUUUCUAUCACCUUAUUACUGGCAAAUACUCAACAUCAGAUAUUGCCACGCUCCCGCUGCUAAACAGAACAACUUUGCAUUCAUAAAUAAUCCAUGCACACAGUUUUGCAUACUAAUACUAAAAGUAGUAAAAGACAUAACUUAAUAUUCAACUUUCACAUUUAGAUUUAGAUAAUAGAAUAGAUAACAUAUCUGAAACAACUGGAUUUAAAAACUUCAACAAACUGAUUUUAUUGACCUUCCAACAUCUUGUCAGAACACGCUAUGAAGGCUCUCAUGCAUGUCUCAAACAGGCAGUGUUGCACUCCUCCAGUGAUUCAAAAUUGUUUCGAUUACCGUGGCAACCUCCGUAAAUAAAUGAGUGACAUUCGAAUGUGGACUUGUUGAAGAAGUAACGUUUAAAUGCUGCUUUGCAAGGUCCCACCUCAGGGAAAUCUUGACAAUGUUCAGGUAUUUGUUCCAUUUCUUCUUGUGAAGGCUCGCUAUGCUCUAAAAAAAUUGAAAUAAUAAUUGAAAAUUUAAUCAUGAGCACUCACAAUUACUAUUAGGAAGCCUAGCAAAUUUGUAAAGAUGGAACACUACUAGUACUACUAAUACUACCUAUAUGUACCGGUACAGAUACUUAACACUAUACAAGUACCGGUACAAGAUUUUAAUGUUCAUAUUUGCAUUUUAGUUUUAGUCUUUACACUUUGGUCUGGUGUACACCUCCCACCCUACCAACUAAUUUCUAUGAUUACCGGUACCUAAUGUAAGAAAUAUUUUAAGUACGGUAGCUGUGCUGUUCAUUGUGUUUGGUUAAAGUUAAAAGUCAAAUAAUACUUUAAGUCUAAAUAGACUUAACGGUUUUCCUCAACAAAUCAAUUGGUACCAUACUGUAUUUUUUUUAUAGCUUUCCUUAAGAAGUUUUUGAGUGCCACACCAAAUGACCAUCUCUACCUAAAAGAGGAGUCAAUGAUGUUGGAAAAGAUUUGCAACCACUGUUGCUUAAUUUGUAGAUGAAGAAGUAGAGGUGAUUUUAAUUAGAGUGCAUUUUUAAAAAAAACAACGUAUUUAGUAAUAUUAUUCUUAAUAAAUAAUAGCUCUUGAGAAUACUAAAUAGCUUGGUGUGGUAACAUCUUAUGGGAGAGAAGAAAAGCCUUUAAAAAAAACAAAACAAUUGUCACAUAUUUGGUCUACAGCGCACAACAGUUAUCUGUGAGUGUUAUCUCUUUGGUAGACUAUUACAAUUACACAUGUAUGAUAACAUUUAGAUUUAGUUGAGAUAAUGAUAUCUGAUACCUGUUACAUGACCACAGACAUUAAGAACUUUAAAAAAAAUACCGGGUAUAUUACAUUCACUGCAAGAACAUCUAGUGCUUUACAUAACGAACG